AUGAAAUCCGUACGUAAUGGUAGCAAACUGAGGCGAAAAGAUGCCGCCUUAAAACAGUUUACUUCUGAUAAAUUUCAAUUUGAUGAUCGACGUAAUCAAUCAAUGACAUUUUCGGAUAUUUAUCAACCAAAUGUGCUAGAAACAUCAGUAGGUGAAAAAACUACAUGGAUGGAUAAUUGUGAUGACAUUUUAAUGGGACAUCAUUCAAUAGCUAAGACAAAAUCAUAUAAUGUGAAAAAAGAUCGUAGUAAUGAUGAUCCAUUUCGAUGUCCGUUGUGUGAUUUUGCUACCAUUUAUAAGGGCAAUAUGAAAAGACAUUUGAGUACCUGUCAUGGAUUACAAGAUGAUGAUCUUAAAGAUGGUUGUAUCGAUAAAUUGAAAUGUAAGGCAACAAUCGAUUCACGUUUGGAAAAUAUGUCACGUAACAAACGUCCCAAAAAUUUGCAACAACUUAAAGUUAAAGUUACAACAAAAUUAACCCAAAUGGAUGUUGAUAAUGGUCCUAGUUCUUCCAUCAUUGAUUAUAGUUCAGUGAAGAAAGAUUUCGAGGUAUCAAUGGCGACUGUCACAUCUUCAACUUCUCAAACUCUUUUUUCUAAUAACCGCGAAGAAGAAGAACUACCCUUAUCAGUGAUAAAUUCAUCUGACCAUAACAUUGCCACAGAUGUUGGACCGGAAGAGUCAUUAGAAAUGGUUGAAACAUCAUCAGAUGAUAGUACCAGUCAACUUCUAAGGUUGAACACAAUCGAUGAAACCAUUGAAGCUGUUAUAGCAAAUGGAAAUGAAAAUUGUAUAAAUGAAAUGGGUGCAAAUAUUAAUAAUA